CAACCCGCAGCGCACCCUCGUCUAUCACCGUUCGUCGUCGACCUCAGACAACAGACAACCGCCAAAAUGGAGAACGAGAAGGGAGAAAUCGUCGAUCUCUACGUCCCCCGCAAGUGCAGCGCCACCAACCGCAUCAUUAAGGCCAACGACCACGCCUCGGUCCAGAUCUCCAUCGGCAAGGUCGACGAGAACGGCCGCUACACCGGCGAGAACCAGACCUACGCUCUGUGCGGCUUCAUCCGUGCCCGCGGCGAGAGCGACGACUCGCUCAACCGUCUUACCCAGCGCGACGGCUACAUCCGUAACGUGUGGACUGCUAGCCGCCAGCGGUAAAUUCGCUGAAGGAUGGUUGGUUUGGGUGUGGGUGGAAUGAAAUGAGAUGAGUUAUCUGAUUGUGGCCUACUCAUUUGUGGGUGGUCGGAUCCUACGCUACGGCUACGUCUUCGUCUGAUAUGAUGUUAAGCUCAGUCUAAAGAAUCAAAAAUUUCUAAUCCAUUCCAUUUCCA